AAUGAUGAGCACUUCCGGAAUCUCCGGGCAGGUUGGCGUGGUCGGCCUGCUAAAGCCGGCUCCUUGACUCGCGUGCGCGGGCCUGGUUUGCUUGUGGUCUCGCGCGCCUUCGUUUUCCAGCCUCAUGGCGGGGCUGACCCUGUUUGUAGGCCGCCUGCCGCCCUCGGCCCGCAGUGAGCAGCUGGAGGAGCUGUUCAGUCAAGUGGGGCCGGUGAAGCAGUGCUUCGUGGUGACUGAGAAAGGAAGUAAGGCAUGUCGAGGCUUUGGCUAUGUCACUUUUUCUAUGCUGGAAGAUGUUCAGAGGGCCCUCAAGGAGAUUACCACCUUUGAAGGCUGUAAGAUCAAUGUGACUGUUGCCAAGAAGAAACUGAGGAAGAAGUCCAAGGAAAAGGGGGAAAAUGAAAAUUCAGAGUCCCCAAAGAAGGAGCUGAAGCCAAAAAAACCCAAAGUGGCUGAUAAGAAAGCCAGGUUAAUUAUUCGGAAUCUAAGCUUUAAGUGUUCAGAAGAUGACCUGAGAAUGGUGUUUGCUCAAUAUGGAGCUGUCCUGGAAGUAAGCAUCCCCAGGAAGCCAGAUGGAAAGAUGCGUGGUUUUGCUUUUGUCCAGUUCAAAAACCUCCUAGAAGCAGGAAAAGCUCUCAAAAGCAUGAACAUGAAAGAGAUAAAAGGGCGGACAGUGGCUGUGGAUUGGGCCGUGGCAAAGGAUAAAUAUAAAAAUACACAGUCUGCCUCUGCACCAGGUGAGAAGAGGCUUGGAGCUAAACAUCAGGAAUUAAGUAAAGAGAAUGGCAGGGAAGAAGAGGAUGGUACAGAAGAGGAAGAAGAGGAGGAGGAGGUGGGGGAGGACAAUAAAGAAGCAAGGGUGACCAAGCCUACACAAAUUCCAAAGAAUUCUGAACUGUGCCAUUGCAGAGCCAUCAAGAAGGCCCCAACUGUAGAGAGCAGCGAGGAGGAUCAUUCUGACGAGGACAGCGACCUGGAGGAAAGCGAUAGCGUCGAUGAUGGAGACGAACUGGCUCAGAGUGACACCGACAGUGAACAGCAAGAGGAUGAAGAUGUACAAGUCUCAAAGAAAAAGAAGAGGAAGUUACCCUCUGAUGUGAAUGAAGGGAAGACCGUUUUUAUCAGAAACCUGUCUUUUGACUCAGAGGAAGAAGAACUCGGGGAGCUCCUCCAGCAAUUUGGAGAUCUCAAAUACGUCCGUGUCGUCUUACAUCCAGACACAGAGCAUUCUAAAGGUUGUGCAUUUGCCCAGUUCAUGACUCAAGAAGCAGCGCAGAAAUGCCUUGAAGCUGCUUCUCCAGAGACUGAGGGUGGUGGGCUUAAACUGGAUGGCCGACUGCUCAGAAUCGACUUGGCCGUGACGCGUGACGAGGCUGCAAAGCUCCAGACAAAGAAGGUGAAGAAGCCAACUGGAACCCGGAACCUUUACCUGGCCAGAGAAGGCUUGAUUCGUGCUGGGACUAAGGCUGCUGAGGGUGUGAGCGCCGCUGAUAUGGCCAAAAGAGAACGGUUUGAGCUGCUGAAACAUCAGAAACUCAAGGACCAGAAUAUCUUUGUCUCCCAGACCAGGCUGUGCCUGCACAACCUCCCAAAGGCUGUGGAUGACAAAGAGCUCAGAAAGCUGCUGCUGAAUGCCACACGAGGGGAAAAAGGGGUGCGCCUCAAGGAGUGUAGGGUGAUGCGAGAUCUCAAAGGAGCGCAUGGAAAGGUUAAGGGUCAGUCCCUGGGCUACGCCUUUGCAGAGUUCCAGGAGCACGAGCAUGCCCUGACAGCCCUUCGCCACAUCAACAACAAUCCCGAGAUCUUUGGGCCUCUGAAGAGACCGAUAGUGGAGUUCUCUUUGGAAGAUCGAAGGAAACUUAAAAUAAAGGAACUGAGGAUUCAGCGCAGCCUGCAAAAAGUGAAAUCCAAGCCUGCAACUGGUGAGCCCCAGCAGGAACAGCCAGUGCUUGGAAAAGACCGGCAGCGGAAAGCAGCUCAAAACCACACACAGGAACAAAGCAAGGCCGCCCUGGAGCAGAAGGGAAAGGUGCAUUCUACCUCGUGGACGGGGUUCCAGACCAAGGCUGAAGUGGAGCAGGUGGAGCUGCCUGAUGGAAAGAAGAGAAGGAAGGUCCUGGUGCUCCCCUCACACCGAGGCCCCAAAAUCAGGCUCCGGGACAAAGGCAAAGUGAAGUCUCUCCCUCCCAAAAAGCCAAAGCCCCAGAUAAACCAGCAGAAGCAAGAGAAGCAGAAAUUACCUUCCAAGCAGACACCUAGGAGAAAAGCUAAGGGAAAUAAGACUGAAAUCCGCUUCAACCAGCUGGUCGAACAAUAUAAGCAGAAAUUAUUGGGACCUUCUAAAGGAGCACCUCUUGCGAAGAGGAGCAAAUGGUUUGAUAGUUGAUGAUGGUAGCAGACUGGAUAAGAAGCUGGAUUGUGCACUUCUUGGUAAAGCUCCCAGAUCUCCCUCCACGCCCUCAUGUUAUUCUCUGAUAGGACACUCCCUUUCCUACCCAGUUCACCACCACUUUGGUGAGAGGCCCCCUGGGCUCUGCAUGUUUGAACUUUGGGCCCUCCCCGGUGGGUGAUUAGUGAACCACAAAGAGAAAGCUCAGAAAAACAUUUGGAUGCUUCUUGUGUAUUAUCCAGGUUACCGUGUAAAUUGUGUCUAUAACUGUUACUCACUUAAUCCUUCGUUUCUCAAAUGGAAAAAAUUGUAAAGAGCAUUCUUGAGGGGUGAAUUUUUAAGAUGUCUAUUUUGUUAAGGGUCUUCUUUAAAUGAGAUCUUUUGUGGCUUUUUUUAAUAACAAAUGAUCAUUUCUAAUAGAUGUGAAUCCUUUA